ACAGAGAGAAACCCUGUCUCAUAAAAAACCAAAACCAAACACAAUCACCCAGACGUGUCCUUCUGCAGAAUGCUAGCUACAGCCCUUGAGAGGAAGACCGCGCAGACGCCUCACAGGCAUAGAUGAGAUAGGGCUUGGUUUUAACUGCUUUGUACUGCAGACUUCAUACAGACAAGAUGUUCUCAGUAGAAUGAGAAAGAGAAUGCUGUUAAUAAUUCCUACAGUUACUUAUCUACAAGUGGCUCUUGUUCUGUUAAAACCUUUAUUAUGAAAAUUCACUUAAAUAGGAUGGAACUAUUUUAAGUGACUUUUCAGCAACUUGUGGCUUGAAUAGAAGGCCUCAAGGUAGGCUGGAGCCACUUCGAAUCCGAAAGAAUGGGAGGAAAAUCCAAGGGUCCUGAAGCUUGGGUGUCACUGGGCAGGGACCUGGGACUACCUUGGACCCAAGUCUGUCCUCCAUCUGUGGAAUACCAUCUCGGGUCAGGGGACAUCUGCAAUUCAGUUCCUAGGCUGUGGCUGUAAAGAGAAGUCAUCUGUUUCAGACUCGGGCUGAUAGAGUAAGCCAAGCCUUUAAUGGUGUCAGUAAGGCAGUAGGCAGUGUCCUGCACCUCCACUGCACUUACUGGGUAGACUCCAUGGAGGAAGAGCCUGGUGGCAAGUCCACCCCAACCCCUACACCUUAGGCAUAGAAGAUGAGCUCUGGAAUCUGUCCACCCUGGACUCCAGUCCCGUUGGUACUGUCUGAGGAGCACUGGAACUGGAAGGCUACCUUUCCACACUGCACUUCUGUCAUCCCUUCCUGCCCAAAGUAGCUGAGCUCACUGCCGUCCAGGACAGCACUGGCUGUGUAGAAGGUGUCCUGCUCCACCUGGACUGGGUGCUCAAACCAGACUGGGAAUGUGUUGCUGGAUCCAUCUGAAACGAACUUGGUGAGAUUCUGAGCUAGGACCAUCCCUAGCCGCUUGAGUUCAAUCUUCACACUGUACUCGGCCUUCCCAGAACUGGACCCAUAAAGGCCCAGUCCAGCAAUGAACACCCUUCUGUCCACUGCAAACUGGAUGCUGUCACAGCGCCCACGGUACCUCCACUGGUUACUUCGGUAGGCAGAGGACUGGAAGCGGUGGCACCUCUGUGGAGCGAGGCCUUUCCUCUUGGUCAGGGGGAAGUCAAGGAGGGGCUUCUUGGCAGCUGUGUACCAAAGGAAGAUAUUGUGGGUCUCCUCUAAGGUCAGGAUGUCUGACUGGGCAGCACCGUUGGCAAACUCCUCUAGGGUCAUAGUUGGAAUUCGGACUAGAUAGAGGGCACUUCCCAAAACAUGCCUCUUGUUGUGAGGGGUGACAGGGAGACCCUGUCUCUUGCACUCUGCCUCAGCCCAGUUCAGGACCGCCUCGAAGACCACAGCCUCUUUGGUGUUGAGGGCCUCCCUGGUCACAAUGAUCUCCAGGGUCUGCCGAUCAAUUUCACAGAAGCCUUCUGACCUCAGAGCCAUCUCAGCCUGUGCAUCAAUGACUUCCCAGCAGCGCUGGGUCAGUUCAGGUUCCUCAAACAGUCGGCUCUGGGAUAGCAGGACACAGGCAUUUUUGGCUUCCAGGCUUGUCUCCAGAAAGUUGACGCAGGCCUUGGCUAAUGCAGGCACAAUGUACUUCUUAGCAGCAUACAGAGUGGCGAGUACUGUGUCUGCUUCCAGAUCAAUCUCAUCGCUGUACAUGUACCUGGGUAAUAAGACAGGGACUCUUUUGGGGAGCUGCAAGGUCUGGCCUCAAAGAGGAGCUCAUGGGCUCCCAUGAACAACCUCUCAGAUUAUAGGAAACGUGUAGUGGACCACUGGAAGGUAACCUCCCCAUCUUUCCAGCCCCAGAGUAGAGCACUUACUUUAACAAGACCAGGAAGGCAGCAGGCUCGACAUCAGGAAUGUGGAUUUCUGACUUGACUUCCGCAAGGUCCCCAUAGAACAUGGCAUAGAAGACGGAGCUGCCAACAGCCAAGACGUACUGUGGAUGAAAUAAAGUCACCUGAGCUACAGGGCUGUAAAGACGGUCCAGGGAGACUGCAUUUAGCCAGGCCCGCCAGGGGACAGGGCUGUGCCCCUACCCACCUUGUGGGCGGGCACGCGCUUGGCUGCCCCCAGGGCUCCCACGAUGAAGUGGACGUCAGCCAUCAGCUCGUUGUUGAACAUGAGCGCAUUCCUGCAAGGGGGAGAGACACACGGGCUGGAACGGCGCGCGCCUGGGCUCUGGAGCCCGGGGGCGGGCGUCGGCUCACCUCUCGCGCAGCGUCGGGUGGAAGGACUGCCAGUUGGGGCUCUCGGGAUUGUUGUUGUCUGGCGCGGGUGGCGCGGGCAAGGGCGGCAGCGGGGCGGGCGCCAGGCAGGGCGGGCAGCAAAGGCCGACCUUCCUGCCCACGGCCGCGCCCGCCGCGUUGCUGUUGGCGAUGUCGGUGGCAGUAGCUGCGGAGGCGCCGGCGGGCGGGUACAGUUCUGCGGCCAUCGUCGCUCCGGCCGGGGCCGCCUCCACACUGGUCGGCGCGGCGCAGCGCGCCUUCGCGCCGCGCCGGGGCCUGGGCAGCGGCUCUGCGAGCACCAGCAGGGAGGUUAGGCACUGAGCCACCCGCCCAUGCAGGCAGGCCAGCGGCAGCAGCAUGGAGCCACGCCGGCCCUGCCUGCCGCCCGCACCCCCGCACCCCCGCACCCCCGGAGCCCGCGGCCCGGCCGCAGGGGGCGCCGUCCCACCCGUACCCACUGAGGCGCCGGCGUCUCUCGUCACUGCGUCACGACGACGCGGCUCCUCCUCGCGCCGAGGCCCCGCCCCCCAGGAGGCUGCUGAGGCCCCGCCCGGUGACCAGACCCAUGCUUAUACAUUCCACGCUUUGCUCAUCUACUGGAAUUUGGGGAGAAGAACCAUGAGGUAUCCAUGACAGCCCUGAGGCUUCUGCAGAGAAUGAAGAGGGAUUGGAUGCAUACAGGCCGGCGCCCUUCUGGCCUCUGUGGAGCAGCACUUUUGGUUGCAGCCAGGAUGCAUGAUUUCCGGAGAACAGUCAAAGAAGUCAUCAGUGUGGUCAAAGUGUGUGAGUCCACACUACGGAAGAGGCUCACAGAAUUUGAAGACACUCCAACCAGUCAGCUCACCAUUGAUGAGUUUAUGAAGAUUGACCUGGAAGCGGAGUGUGACCCUCCCUCCUACACGGCUGGACAGAGGAAGCUGCGCAUGAAGCAGCUGGAACAGGUCCUGUCAAAAAAGCUAGAAGAAGUUGAAGGUGAAAUAUCCAGUUACCAGGAUGCCAUUGAAAUUGAGCUAGAAAACAGCCGGCCAAAGGCAAAAGGGGCUCUUGCCAACUUGUCAAAGGAUGGCUCCGGUGAGGACGCCACAUCCAGCCCGUUUUGUGAGGAGGACACGGAGGAUGAGGAGCUGGAGGCUGCCGCCAGCCACAUGAACAAGGACUUUUACCGAGAGCUCCUGGGGGAUGAUGGCAGCUCAGAAGCAGCAGAAGGCCCUGAUGGGGGCAGCAGGCCCCUCGCCCUGGAGUCCCUGCUCGGGCCCUUGCCCACAGCAGCCAGCCUGGGCAUCUCCGAUUCCAUCCGAGAGUGUAUCUCCUCCCCAAGUGGGGAUCCCAAAGACACUUCAGAGGACGGGGAGCUGGACCUUAGUGGCAUCGAUGACCUUGAGAUUGACAGAUACAUUCUGAAUGAGUCAGAAGCCCGGGUAAAAGCUGAGUUGUGGAUGCGGGAGAAUGCUGAGUACCUGCGGGAGCAGAGGGAGAAAGAAGCAAGAAUAGCAAAGGAGAAGGAGCUUGGCAUCUAUAAGGAGCACAAGCCCAAGAAGUCUUGCAAACGCCGGGAGCCUAUACUGGCCAGCACAGCUGGGGAGGCUAUCGAGAAGAUGCUGGAGCAGAAGAAAAUCUCCAGCAAGAUCAACUACAGUGUGCUGCGGGACCUUAACAGCAAGGGUGGGGGCAGCCCACCCAGGGAGGACUCACAGCCCCCAGAGCACGCCAGCACCAAGAAGCUGUCACGGAGGAAAAGAGCAGCUAGCAGGAACAGUGCUGACCCUGGGACAAGCAUGGGGAAGAGAUUGAGGCCCCUGGUGUCUACACAGCCAGCUAAGAAAGCAGCUGUGGGAGAGGCCUUGCUUUUAAGUUCCCCUGCCCUGGGAGCUGAGCCCAUCAAGCCAUCAGCAGUCUUGGUGGAGAGUGGCCCUGUGUCAUACCAUCCUGAGGAGGAUGCAGAUGAGGAGGACGCUGAAGAAGAGGACGGAGAGCCUUGCGUCAGUGCUCUGCAGAUGAUGGGUGGCAAUGAUUACGGCUGUGAUGGUGACGAGGAUGAUGGCUACUGAGUGGAACUCAAGGCCAGGCAGCAUCCUGGUGCUAGAUUCCAAGUGUAUCUGUUUUUGGGGGUCAGGUGGGCCUGGGGCCAUGGCUCACAGGCAUGAUUUCUGGGACUCAACCAGUCAAGCACUGCCCCACUUGAUUUGAAGCACUCUUCCCAGGGCCACAAUGUGGCCCCAUCAUACUUACUGUUGGGAAUCAUGUUUUGAGCAAUGUACGGAGUAUUUUUGCCCAGCAAAGGAAACCAGCUGUGUGUUUAUGUGUAAUGAAACAUGGUCAGGGAGUAGCUAGGUCGGGAUCCCACUUCAUGGCCUAGCCUUCUAGUCAUUUGUUCACCAGAAAUCCUUAGGCAGGCUCUGUGUGCUCCUGUCAUAAGGAGACGCAGCACAAAGGGCCUUCACUCACGAAGUAGAACCUUGGUCUUAGCCUGCUGCCAGUGUUCUCUGCCCAUCCUUCACAUCCUGGAAGGAUACAGAUUGGGCAGAAGACGUGUGGCAGUCACUGCUCUGCUUAGCAACCAUAGUCUGGAGCACCUGCCUUUAACUUCAGCCCCAGCUGCCUGCUGAGGCGGACACGAGCUCUCUACCAUCUCUAAUGUCCGUUCACCGCCUUGAACCACCAGGAGCAUUAUAGGCCUCAGUCUCUUGCUUAGGACUCAUGAGUUGUGCACCCAGGAGCCCUUGAGGCUGCCCAAUAGCAGAUUAAUCCAGUUCAUCAGCAGCGCUCAGAAAGUGGAGACCAGCAGACCACAUGCACCUGCAUGCAGCUUCCUGCUAAUGUCCAGACAACCUAUGUGGAGUUCUGGGUUAUGGCCCUGCCCUGUCACCUAGAACAGAACCCUCUGUCAAGAAAGCCUGCAAGCUGUUUCCUCACAAAAAGGCCCAGGACUAUCCUCAGUGCACUUAACUCAGGCCUUCUUUUCCUGGAUGCAGCCCUGGAUGUGAGUCUCCACUCCCUGGGCUGAGGCAGAGUAUUUGACUCUGUUUCAAAUCGAGAGGUGGGGGUCCAGGCCUGAGAUGACUGAGGUGGGAGAGGCAGACUGCAGAAGGAAGUAGAUCGGUGGGACAGAUACGGAGUGUUUGAUGAGAAGAUUGCAAAAAAUACUUUUUGAUUGUGUAUGGGAGUGUGGAACUAUAACCAAGGGUCCAUCCUAGGGUGGGGGCCAGCUUCACAAGAGUGAGGUCAGAAUCAUGGUAGGCAGCCAUGACACUGGUCCAGAGUAUUUUUAGGAUCUUUGUAUGCUUAUAUGUGACAGGACUUGCCUAUGGCCUGGAGAGAGUACAGGGCUGAGGGGUGGGAGGUAAGAGCUGCGGGAAUAGAAACAAGUAUCCUGGAACAGAAACUGAGCCCUGCUCCCCAGCUCUGCCUUGUCUGUCAUGAGAAAGCAGGAGAGGGUGUUAUCAAUGCUGGGAAAUGAGCAAGAGCCAGUAAGGCUGGAAUGGUCUUGUAAGGAGAGGGUUGAAGAAAGUCAGGGCAGAGGGAGGGACAGUGCUGUCCCCAGAAGAUGGGUGAAUAACAUAGUGGGUGGGUCCUGAAAUGGUUGAGACCUGUGUCACAUGGUUGAGAGACCCAGGUGCUGAAGAGUAAGGUCCCAGUAGGGGGCAGCCGUGAAAUGGCAAGGGUACCUCUGAGCUGAGGUCACAGCUUUGUAUGUGAGCUGCCACUAGCACUAAUGUGAGGCUCAAGGAGGCAUUGGGUCUGUAUGACCCUGUUCUCCAUACAGUUGGUUUAUUUCUACGUGCUCUUUUCUGACUGAGAUUACCACAGCAUGAUCCCCCUGCCUCAGAUCUUCCCAGAAUGCAGAGCAGUGCCUUAGGCAGCCUCCUGCGGCAGAACCAGGCCUCACCACACUGGACCUUGGAAGAGGGGAGAGGGAGUCUAUUGGAUCCUGCAUUCUAGACUGGGACCUGUCUUGUGUACACACUGGAGUGCUGAGAAGACAGGACAUUGUACUCUCUCUCUCUGCCUCCUCUCCCCUCUCCUCCUGUCUUUCUGAGAGGGUGAGGGAAGUGCAGAGGAAGCUACUGUAGGCUGCACUGUCCAAGGAUCUUGCCAACCACCUGAACUGAGGAACCUAGUACUUAGUGGUUACAACACCCUCUGCAAACUGGGUGAUCACCGGGGCAAGACAGGAGCAGUCAGCAAGGUUCCUGGUAAGCCUGCACAUCUUAGCUUACAUUGUGUACCUGUCUUUAGACAUAACCAGGGGCUGCUUAUAGGAGCUGGGCCACAGAACAAGAGGUCAUAGCAGUGCAAGGAAACAAGGCACUGUUCCCACUUGUAGCUCUUCUAUCCUGAGCUGUUGGGCCCAGUGAGAACCUUGUGCAGUCUACCCUGAACCCCAGUUUCCUGUCCGGCUGCUUUACCUAACUAUACCUACUGGAGCAGGAAUGAAAUAAGCCCUGUGGGGGUGGGGCACUCCUUUUAUACCUAGUUAGAAGGUGGAAGAUGAGCUCAGACCAUGUACCUCCUUUGGUCAUGUCCUUGGUAUUGCCUCCCAAGUGCCUGGAUUAAAGGUGUACACCCCCUG